CACAGGAACAGACCAUCAGAGACCUGGCCCCGCGUUCCUUGCUCCAAGGGGCAGGCAGGAUGGGCUGAAAAUAGAAACCGCUUCCAAAAAGAUAAAGGGGAUGACUCCAGCAGUGUACCCCACUCCUCGGAAGAGCUCAGAGGAAGAUGUCAGCUCAGUCUCUUCCUGCAGCAACACCCCCUACCCAGAAGCCCCCUCGGAUCAUCCGGCCGCGCCCCCCUUCUCGCCCCCGGGCUGCCCAGUCCCCGGGGGCCCACCACAACGGCUCCUCUCCACAAGAGCCUCCCCUCACUGCCAACGAGGCGCCAAGCCUGAUGUGCACCCCCAUCUUCUGGGAGCCCCCAGCCCCGUCCCUCAAGCCCCCAGCCCUUCUGCCCCCAUCAGCUUCUAAAGCCAGCCUCAACUCCCAGACUUCCCCAGACUCGCCUUCCGGCACCCCCAGCCCAGUGUCCCGGCGCUCCAUCUCCCCAGAACCUGCUCUCCGGUCUCCAGUGCCCCCACCCAAACCCUCCGGGUCACCCCGAACAGCUCUGCCCCCGCUCCACUCGACCCGGGCCCCUGGCCAGGAUGGCUCUGCCUCGGCCACAGGCACCGUGCGGAGACUGGCUGGCAGGUUCGAGUGGGGGGCUGAAGGCAGGGUCCAGGCUCCAGAUGCCCUGGAGCCGGGUCCUCCAGGGGGACUGGAUGUGAAUGGGGAGAGAGAGACCGCCCAGGGCAUCCUCGCUGGGAGUGGGUCCCAGGAGAACGGCACUCCAGAUGCUGCGCUGGCCUGCCCUCCCUGCUGCCCUUGUGUCUGCCACGUGGCCCGGCCUGGCCUGGAGCUCCGAUGGGUGCCACUGGGGGGCUAUGAGGAUGGCCCCAGGGCCCUCUGCCGGGCCUCCCCACUGCGGACCUCCCGCUCCCGCCCCAGCCCUCCAAGCCAGCCCCCAGUCGUCCUCACGUCCUACCGCUCCACUGCCGAGCGCAAACUCCUGCCACCCCUCAAGCCCCCCAAACCAACUCGGGUCAGACAGGACGUCACCAGCUCUGGGGACGCCCCACAGCCAGAUCUCGAUCUGCCCUCUGAAGAUGGAAUCCAAACAGGGGACAGUCCCGAUGGCGCCCCUCAGAACAAUCCUCCAGCCACCAUGGAGGGCAGGGAGGACGAGGAGCUGGAGGAGCUGAAGGAACCGAACUGGGAGCUGCCCCUGCAGGACGGUGAGGGCCUCCGGCCCCGGGGGGUCCCUGCUGAGACCAUCCAGCAGUGGGCGAGGGUUCCGGGGCACUGGACUUCGCUGAUGUGCGACAUCUGCUCUCCAGAGCCCCUGUACCAGACCUAUCGCGCAGCCGUGCUGUCAGAGGAGCUGUGGGGGGUCAGUGAGGAUGGGGGACCCUCUUCAGCAAAUCCUGGGGAAGCUCCCCCCUUCGCCCGGCCCCCCGGGCCUCGCAACACGCUGUGGCAGGAGCUUCCGGCUGUGCGAGCCAGCGGCCUCCUGGACACCCUCAGCCCCCAGGAGAGGCGCAUGCAGGAGAGCCUGUUCGAGGUGGUGACAUCCGAGGCCUCGUACCUGCGCUCCCUGCGGCUGCUGACCGACACCUUUGUGCUGAGCCAGGCGCUCCGGGACACGCUCACCCCCCGGGAUCACCACACCCUCUUCUCCAACGUGCAGCGCGUCCAGGGAGUCAGUGAGCGGUUUCUAGGGAAGUUACUGUCCCGUGUGCGCUCUUCCCCCCACAUCAGCGACCUGUGCGACGUGGUGCACGCCCACGCCGUGGGGCCUUUCUCCGUGUACGUGGAUUACGUGCGGAACCAGCAGUAUCAGGAGGAGACGUACAGCCGCCUGAUGGACACGAACGUGCGCUUCUCCGCGGAGCUGCGGCGGCUGCAGAGCCUCCCCAAGUGCCAGCGGCUCCCGCUGCCGUCCUUCCUGCUGCUGCCCUUUCAGCGCAUCACGCGGCUCCGCAUGCUGCUGCAGAAUAUCCUGCGCCAGACAGAGGAGGGGUCCAGCCGCCAGGAGAAUGCCCAGAAGGCUCUGGGUGCUGUCAGCAAGAUCAUUGAGCGGUGCAGCGCCGAGGUGGGGCGCAUGAAGCAGACAGAGGAGCUGAUCCGGCUCACGCAGAGGCUGCGCUUCCACAAAGUCAAGGCCCUGCCCCUGGUCUCCUGGUCCAGGCGCCUGGAGUUGCAGGGGGAGCUGACUGAGUUAGGAUGCAGGAGGGGGGGUGUGCUCUUCGCCUCCCGCCCCCGCUUCACCCCCCUCUGCCUGCUGCUCUUCAGUGACCUGCUGCUCAUCACUCAGCCCAAGAGUGGGCAGCGGCUACAGGUUCUGGACUAUGCCCAUCGCUCCCUGGUCCAGGCCCAGCAGGUCCCGGACCCAUCUGGACCACCUACGUUCCGCCUCUCCCUUCUCAGCAACCACCAGGGCCGUCCCACCCACCGGCUACUCCAAGCUUCAUCCCUAUCAGACAUGCAGCGCUGGCUGGGAGCCUUCCCUACCCCAGGCCCCCUUCCCUGCUCCCCGGGCACCAUCUAUGAGGACUGUGACUGUUCCCAGGAACUCUGUUCAGAGACUUCCACACCUGCCAAGACUGAGGGACGGAAUCUGGAGUCCAGGGCUCCCCACAAGCACCUACACAAGAGCCCCGAAGGCUGGCUGAAGGGGCUUCCUGGGGCCUUCCCUGCGCAGUUGGUGUGUGAAGUCACGGGGGAACACGAAAGGAGGAAGCACCUUCGUCAGCACCAGAGGCUCCUGGAGGCUGUUGGGCCCUCUUCAGGCUCCCCCAGUGCCCCCCAACCCUAAUGCAGGCCGGGGGGGCGGGGGGGCGGCACAAGUUGGGACAGCGGGCAGCCUGGCACAGAGGAGACAAAGCCCAUCCAUCCAUUGGAUUUGCUGUCAGUGGAAAAGCUACCUCAGUGGCAACCAAUAGGGACCGAGCUUCAAGACUGGGCAGCCAAUGAAAACAGGGCCGUCUGAGCCCACGCAUGAGGGAGAAUGAAGAUGGCUUGAGUGGACUGCCAGUGGAGACAGAGGCUCAGUGCAGAGUGGCCAGUGGGUGCUGAGCUGGCUGAGCCUCUGGCCAGUGAGUAUCCCUGCUAUGCUCACAGCCAAGAAAGCAAAGCUAGGGCAGUGCAGCUAAAAGAGGGCUGCACUGGAGAUAAAGUCCUAGGAUAAAACAGCCAGCAGCAGGGACACAUCCAGCCAAAGAAGAUGGUGAUCUGGGUCCAAGAGACCAGUAGGAACCCUGCUUGGUGCUAUAGCAACGACCGUCUUGCCGUUUGAGUCUGGGAAGUAUUAGAUUCCAUUCCUGGGGUGCCUCCUGUGUCCUCUUAAGCCACUUCCUCUCUUCUAGAAGAAUCCGGAGUGUGUGUCUCAGAGAAUCUGUGUGUGUGUGCCUAUGUCUGUGUAUGUAUCAAGGAAGGUGAUUCUGCUGAACAUGAUGUGUGUGUGGUGGUGCCCCCUUCCCAGAUGAUUGAAUCCUCUAUUUCUCCCCUCACUCCCCAUUUUUCCUAUUAGUCUCCUCAAGAAAGACACUAGGUCUGAGCUCCAGUGGAGAAUGUGCUGGGUGUGGUUGGCAGGCAGAGGCCAGAGCUGGGGAUGAGAGGCCUGGGUUCUGGGGCUCUUGGAGGCCAGGGUCCCACGACAGUUGGGGGAUGAUAUUGUGGAGCAGCCAAGCAGCCUGGCAGAGGAGUCCAAUGGGCUGAAGAUGGCCAGUAACUGGGUUCCGAGGCCUCCUGAAGCCUGCAGGCCCUUCUCCUUGCCCAAAGCUUGGCCUCCAUAAUCCCUGCCUGCAGAUCCUCCAACCUGAACGAUAACCGGCCAUUCAGCCUCAGCCUCGGGCUUCAGACUGGCUCUGGGUCCCAGGGUUGAGUGAAGAAACAGGAACUGUGGAUCUCGGGCCAGCUGAGCCUCUAGGGCUUUCUUGCCUUCAUCCUGGUCCUUUCACAGAAACACUGGGCCAAGCAGUGGGGAGAGAACAGAGAACCAGCAUUACUGCCUAAUCCCACCCAGAGCAUCUGCUUCCAGAUGAGAAACUGCCCCCGCACAAUGCCAGAAGGAGGUGAGGAAUGGAGACAGAGCGGAGCAGACAGCUGCUGGCAACUGGGGUCCCGGGCCUGGCACAAGGUCGUCCCUGAGCUGAGCCAUCACACCUUCCCUUCAGCUCAUGCAUGGCAACUUGCCCAGGACAGAAACCGCCACGCCGACCACUGGAGGUGCAAGGACUCUGGGAGACUGAGAGGGAGAAAGGCACUGGCAUUUGGCAUGUCUUUGACUUUGGAGAUUGACCUAGCACGGUGCCUGACAUAUGAGAAACCCUCAAUAAAUGGUGGAGCUGCAUUGAGGCUCUCCAGAGAGCAUGUGCUUAAAGGA